AAGGAGGUGUCUCCCGGAGCAACCAACCAGCCCGCUGUCGAGUUUGGUGGCGGGAAAGGAAGGCCAUGAGUAAAAGCCGGGCCGAGGCUGCGGCCGGAGCCCCCGGGAUCAUCCUGAGGUACCUGCAGGAACAAAACCGACCCUACAGCGCCCAGGACGUGUUCGGAAACCUGCAGAAGGAACAUGGACUGGGCAAGGCGGCGGUGGUGAAGGCUCUGGAUCACCUGGCCCAGCAAGGCAAGAUCAAGGAGAAGACGUACGGAAAGCAGAAAAUUUAUUUUGCAGAUCAGGACCAGUUUGACACAGUGAGUGAUGCUGACCUCCACAGCUUGGAUGCCAAAAUUGUGGCCCUCACAGCCAAGGUGCAGAGCUUACAGCAAAGCUGCCGCCACAUGGAGGCUGAGCUGAAGGAAUUAACAAAUGCACUGACCACUCCUGAGAUGCAGAAAGAGAUCCAGGAGUUAAAGAAGGAAUGUGCUCACUACAUAGAGAGACUGAAGAACAUCAAAGCAGCCACCAACCAUGUCACUCCAGAAGAGAGGGAGAAGGUGUACAGAAAAAGGCAGAAGUAUUGUAAAGAGUGGAGGAAGCGGAAGAGAAUCACCACCGAGCUAUGUGAUGCAAUCCUUGAAGGGUACCCCAAGAGCAAGAAACAGUUUUUUGAGGAAGUUGGCAUAGAGACAGAUGAAGAUCACAAUGUUACACUCCCAGACCCCUGAGGGGGCCCUUGAAGACCAGGAGCAGGUGUCCUGGGCUGGCCACCUUUGAGGUUGGGGAGAGAAGUACACAGGUGAUAAUCAGAGAUGGUCAUGUCCAUUUUGUUUUCCAUAUUAUAGAGCCUCAGCAAGGACUUAUAACAACCUAAAGGAAAGUAUGGAAUAUUUAUUGUAAUAUAAUUUGAUAUAAAAAUA